UGGGGAAAGCGCUAGCGUUAGCGACAGUGUGUGUUCCGAUUGGCGUGCAGAGUUGUCCAGCUUAACAGAAAGUUAUGAACCACACAACAUUUUUAACACCGACGAGACCGGCUUAUUCUUUAAAUGCAUGCCGGACAAGACAUUUACAUUUAAAGACGAGAAAUGCCACGGAGGGAAACAUAGUAAGGAAAGGUUAACUCUUCUGUUGACUGUUAACAUGGAUGGUUCCGAAAAAUUGAAACCCCUCCUCAUCGGGAAAGCAGCAAAACCUAGGUGUUUUAAAGGUAUCCAGUCAUUUCCCGUAACCUACCGCUCGAACAAAAAGGCGUGGAUGACAACGGAGUUGUUUAACGAGUGGUUAAAUUCAUUGAACAGCGACAUGAAAAAACAAAAUCGUGAAAUCCUCUUAUUCCUUGAUAACUGUUCAGUUCAUAACAACCCUCCAAAUCUCUCGAAUGUGAAACUUCACUUUUUUCCACCAAAUACAACAUCCAAGUUGCAGCCUCUAGACCAAGGCAUAAUUCAAAACUUCAAAGCAUUUUACAGACAUGAAAUAGUCAAGAUUGUACUGGAUGGAAUUGACAGUAAUGAAACUCCAAACAUCUCUAUUCUCACCAGCCAUGUUGAUUGUUGA